CGGAGCAACGACUUCUAAACAAGAGACGAGGCGGAAAAGAUCAUGGUGAACAAAGUUAAGCAGGGCUCGCGUUCGUCUUGCAACUAUUGGAGUUAGACAACUAUCUUCAUCUAGCUCUCCAGCUCGCAUAGAAGGCACAUGAUCUUUAUUUCUUAAUUGGACUAUCUUCAUCUAGCUCUCCAGCUCGCAUAGAAGGCACAUGAUCUUUAUUUCUUAAUUGGACUAUCAUCUAGCUCUGCAGCUCGCAUAGCAGGCAUAUGUUGAUCUGUAUUUCUUAACUUCCUUAAGUACGGUAAUGGUGAGCAGUACGGCACUAAGUUAGUGUAGGGGAUGUCAAGCCUCUAUAGUUGUCAGAUUGUCAGACUUCUACUUCUUAACUUCCUUGUUGACAUUCACCACUCUCGCUCUCCUCUUCGUCCAUGCGCCAAAGCUUAGUGAGGAACAUCCAAACCUAGUCUGGUAGUUAAUGAUCACGACUAAGUUGAAGAAGGGUAACGAAGAGCAGCAUAGACAUAGAUACUAUGCGACUAAUGACGAGAUUAUAUGCUUCCGGUAUUUGGUAACCUGAGUUUGAUCAUAAGGGAUGAAAACAAGAAGAGAACCCUUGUGAUCGAAUUCAGGUUACCAAAGACCGGAGCCAUUUAGCGAUAAGGGUGACCACGAAGAGCUAGAUUAUAUAUAGAAGAUAUGCGACCGACUGCGAUUAUACAUAGAUAUGCGACUGCGAGCUAGAUUAUACAUAGAUAUGCGACUGCGAGCUAGAUUACACAUAGCUCUUCAACUUGAUGAAAGCCCUAAGACAAAGCAGGGAAGGAAAAAUCUGGCGCUGAGACUCGUGGAGGUGCUUCCAAUACUGCCGGAGCAACAGGAGGCUCAUCUAGUUCCUCGCAAGUGACUAGCGAAGGUGGAGCAUCGUCGUAUGUUAAGACUACCGCUAAAAACAAAAAUUAGCAUCCCCUAUGAUAAAUAUAACUAACACACCAUGAAGAUUGAUCAUGAUGAUUCUUGGACGAGGUUGUUCUUUUUCUACUUGAAAAGGAGUAGAAAAAGAAGCCCUCGUUAUCAACAUCAUCAAGGAUAAUAUAUUAUAAUUUCCCUCAGAGAAGAUGCAAGAAACACGGUUGUAGGUGUAGCUCUCAUUCUCAGACAACAUCAACAGAAGCAGAACCGACUUAUAUUAUAAUCCUACUUAUCUAUCAAUCCGACUUAUAUCCUACUUAUAAUCAAUCCGACUUGUAUAAUCCUACUUAUAAUUAUCAAUCCGACUUAUCCUACUUAUCGUUAUCCUACAAGCGCACUCUUCUAAUGUUGGCGGAGGUUCCUUGUGGCGUUGGGCUAUGUAUGGGGAUGUGAGUUCUGUCGGUUGGUGCCGAUUUUGGAUCCUGUGGACCUCCCUUCACAUAAUAGCUUCUUUUUUCAGUUUCAUCAAUGAGGUUCAGUACGGAUCGAAACACGAUCUUGGCUUGGGGAUGGAUGCAGCAUCUACUUCAAUUAAGAAUAUCGGACUGUUCUGGGAAUUUUUAUCCAUCUUCAGAUUUUUCAGAAGCAUCUAUGAUCUUGGGACACCCUUCAAUCACCUUCUCUGGGAAAAAACGGAGAUGAUCCAAGAAGAUGCCCUUUAUAAAUGUAAGAUGGACGAUAAUAUAGGAGGUCGUAGCUGCCGUAGGGUCUAAAACAUGAUCAAGUGGUGGCAGUACAGCAGGUGUGGACGAGGGAGCUGGAAUGUCAG